CCCAUCCAACUAAUCACGUCGAUUAUAAUAAAUGGUUCCAACAAUGGAGGAAUUGGCGUCCAAUCCAUGUGUCUCUGCUUCCUCUGAGCACUGAUUCCCUAUCUUUCUGACAAACAAAGGCCUCGCCGGCGGCGAACAAUCCGCUGCUACUACUGCAACACAGAAAGAUUAUAUAUGUAUAUACUAAACCCUACGAAUAUAACCUCUCGAUUUCCCUUCUUAAACCCUACUCGAGGUGUACCAAAGCUUCAAUUUUCAAAAAUUCUCCAACAGAACAAGGGAUUUCGAGAAGGACCAAUAACAAAAAUGGCAUGGAGUUUGGAGAGAUGCGAUGAAAGAAGCAUCGAAAGUAGGUCUGGAAACAUUCGACCCGCAACAGAGGCUUACGCUGAUGAAGCAAUCAAAGCUUUAAAAGCAGGAAAGGUCAUAGCUGUCCCCACUGAUACACUCUAUGGUUUUGCUUGUGACGCAUGCUCUGUUGAAGCAGUCAAUAGAAUAUAUGAAAUCAAAGGGCGUAAACACACUAGCCCUUUAGCCAUUUGUGUUGGUGACAUAAACGACAUAGGGCGAUUUGCUGUCACAAACCAUCUCCCUCUUGGCUUGCUUGAUAACCUCCUUCCAGGACCCGUAACCGUGGUUCUAACAAGAGGGGAAUCAAGUAUUCUUGAGAAAUCAUUAAACCCUGGAUUGGAUACAAUUGGAGUUCGGAUACCUGAUUUUGAAUUUAUGAGGAUGAUUGCUCGAGGGUGUGGAAGUGCAUUGGCAUUAACAAGUGCAAAUCUUAGUGGACAACCGAGUAGUUUAGACAUUAAAGAGUUCAAGAAUCUUUGGGAACAUUGUAGUUUUGUUUAUGAUGGUGGUGUUCUUCCAGCAGGGCGUGAAGGGUCAACCGUUGUUGACCUUUCUAUUAUUGGGAAAUACAAGAUCUUGAGACCCGGAAGUGCUAAAGAAGAGACAGUUUCAAUAUUGGAGAAGUACUCUUUACUAGAAGAAGGAGCUGCUGGUUGUCUUUUUAUUUCAAGAUUCAAAUCUUGAAUUUUUCACUGUUUGACUUUAACUUUGACUUUCGUCAAAGACAUGUAGUGUAAACAUAUCGUGCUGUUUAAACUUUAAAGUGUAGAGUUUUGUUGAAUUUAGUGAAUGAAACACUAUUUGAAUGUAAAGUUUGAGACACUCUGGCUUUUUUUUUCUUUCAUGGUCGUUGCUUACUCUUGGAAU